UCGGGGCGCCCGCCCCUCUCUGGUCCAGAGAGCUGCGGCUGUUGAUGGCGACUGGCGGCGGGGCCGGCGGCGGCUCUUCGGCGGCGAACGAGUGCGGGGCGUUGCGGGCUUCAGUGGCUGGUCGUACCCGCUCGUACGGCAGCACUGCCCGGCGCCCCGGCUCGCCCGUCUGUGGCCGGCACCUGGAGCACCGGCUGCAGCCCGGCGAUACCCUCCAGGGGCUGGCGCUGCGAUAUGGAGUGACCUGGGAACCGUACACAGAGGGCUGGAGGAAGUCCGCAGGGCAAGCAGCACCUACAGAGGGAACGGAGAGCCACGGAGGGCUGGAGGAAGUCCGCAGGGCAAGCAGCACCUACAGAGGGAACGGAGAGCCACGGAGGGCUGGAGGAAGUCCGCAGGGCAAGCAGCACCUACAGAGGGAACGGAGAGCCACGCUUCGGGCCGAGACUCUUCACCAGACAGAACAGAUAAAGAGAGCAAAUCGCCUCUAUACCAGUGACUCCAUCUUCCUCAAAGAGGUCUUGAUAAUUCCCAUGGCUGGCAAGCAGGAAAACAACGGGACAUGGGCGGAGAGCCCGCAGGAGGGCAGCCCUGCAGGGCGACCAGAAGACAGCCCGACUCCAGAAAUGUCCGCCUCAGAGUUCCUCAGGAAGAUCGAUGCCCAGAUCACGCAGUCCAAAGCAGCCGCGCUGAAAAAACUGAGGGACGACGGAGACAGGUUUGACGGGAACUCCCCCUCCGUUCUGUGCAGGCCGUUGCCCACGUCCCAGCGAGCUCUCCUCGGACCCGCCCGCCUCACCAAAACAACCCGGGUGACUAGCCUGCAGGACACAGAGGAUGAGAUCUUUCACCUUUGACCCUGGGUAGCCACCCUUCCCAACACUAAAACGCUUCCACACCUGCCCCACCGUGAAGGUGACAGUCUGAGUCACGGCCGGGACGGUGGGAGAAUUCCGUCUGGGGUAUCCAGAGAUGGUGCCGGAGAAGGAGGAAGGUCCUGAGUGAGCCGGGCUCACGGGGGAAGUCUAGGAUGGAGGUGUGUCUCUUUCUCUGUGCCAUGUGUGUGUGCGUGCGCCUUUCCCUCCUCCUGUGUGUAUGUCUCUCCCCACAACCCACCUUACUCUCUCCCUCCCUCCCUCUGUGCCCAAGUAUGUGUGUGUCUCUCUUCUCCCCCUCCUUGGCCCUGUGUGUGUCCCCCAUCAUUUCUCUGUGUAGAAACGCUGUUUCCUGGGAGAGGCUGUGUUUGUAUCUUCACCUAUGCAUUAUUCCUCCCCCCCCCCCCACUCCACCCAUCCUGCCUGCAGUGCUGUACCAGCCAAAUGUUAUCCUGCAGAACCGCCCCUUCAUGUGUCCUUCUCCCCACCCUUGCACAGUGUUGUCGUGGAGACUCUGCCCCUCCCCGGCCCCACCCCUUCACCCUGUCAGCACCUGUUCACUCUCCAGCCCCUCCACCCCAGCCCCAGCAGAUAAGGAGUUAUGUGGGGGGGGGGGAGCGGAGAAUUGGACUUUGUCUCUGCCCCGACACGUGUCUGUCACCAGCCUCUCCCUACUCCAUCAGCUCUUGAAAUGGAUGGGCGUCCAUCUGUGCUAACUCAUAGAGGUCCCAGCACUACACCCCACGCCCAAGCGCAUACAGAGUGAACACGCUCUCUUCCCGUCCUUCCUCCUUCCCCAGAGACACAUCUGUUAUCCUCCAAUUUCUGGCUACGUUCCGAAUCACUUUGUUGGGUCUGGACCAGGCUGGGAUUGGGACGGAGGUGCUGAGGUCUCCAAAUGCUGCUCUCCAAUUAUUGACCCCACCCCAAGGCAAGGCUCCUCUGUCUCUUCAUUGUUUACAGUACCCCCUCCCUGCCUUGCUGCUAAAUCCUGGAGACCCCCCCCCCCCCCCCAGUCCUUCUUGUUGAUGGGAAAUGUGCAAUAUGGAAUAGUCUUCCAGAAAUCAGCGUGGUGAGGGGUCUGCAGUCUCGAGUGGAUUGAUUGCUGAACCCAGGAUUCAGUCCCCUUCUCUGCAGGGAGCCAACAGCUGCGUUUGGAUCACCUGCUCUGAGCUCGGCGCCCCCAGCCCUCACAAGUUGCCCUGCACUCCCCUCCGAAGUCAGACACUCACUCUGCUGGAUCGGAGCCUUGGAGAGAGGAUGAACGCAGAGGAGAGAUCGCUUGAGGUUUUACAUUACCUGCUGCCUCAGUCUGUUUAACUCCUGGCAAGUUUUGACCCUCCCCACCCCCCCCCCCCCAGACUACUGUAGGGGAAGGGACACCCCACCCCCUUGAAAUUUUAUUUAUUGAACUGUGAACGGUUUAAAUAAUGAGCAGUGAGGGCUGUCCAGCAGCCAGGAGCCAGCGUGCUUGGAACCUGAACGCACGGGGAAACCCAAACGUCGCUAGGAAGACUGGAACGCCUUUCAAAGGCGCUUGCUCUCUGCAGUGCCUGUAAAUAAAUCCUUUCAGGGACCCACUGUAAGUCAAUUGCUGUAUGGAAUACUUUGAUACCUAAUUAAAAAUUAUUUCUGCCAAGC